UCCGAUACCAAGGAAGAGACACAAAUCGGAGAACAGAACCCUAAAUCUUCUUCUUCUUUUCCGAUGGCAUCAUCAUUCGAGCCACCAGGAAGCUUCUUCCCUUCCAAAGAUGAGUUUAUGAGACUCCUUACCGUUUUGCUUGUGGCUUGUGCGGUGGCUUUUACCUGCAAUUUCAUCGCUAAGUCGCUGAGCUCUAAUCCUACUAUAUCUUUUUGCGAUAGUAACUCUGAUUCCAUCGAUUCAGACUUGGAUGUUUGUGAACCUUGUCCAAUUAAUGGAGUAUGUUACCGAGGGAAGUUGAAAUGUAAUCAUGGAUACAGAAAGCAAGGAAAUUUAUGUGUAGAAGAUGGAGAAAUCAAUGAAUUGACCAAGAAAUUGGUUCGGUAUUUUGAGAGAAAAGUUUGUGAGGAAUAUGCUCAUAGUGAAUGCUAUGGUACUGGAAAAAUAUGGGUUCCCGAGAAUGAUGUUUGGGAAGAUCUACGUAGCAACGGUUUCUUGAAAAACUUAGACGAGCCUGCUUACUAUUUUGUGAAAGGAAAGGCUGUAAAAUCUGUCACCGAGCUACUAGGGAAAAGGACUAAUUCUAAUGGGAUGAAUGAGUUGAAGUGCCCUGAAUCGGUAGUCAAAAGUUACAAACCCAGGACUUGUCGCAUGCGUGAAUGGCUCUUGAGGAACAUCUUAAUCAUCUCGUCCUCCUGUGCAAUGUUGGUGGGCUGGACAAUAUUGCGUAGGAAACGUCGAAGUAAGCGAAUAUUUUCACGUAGAGUGGAAGAGCUAUACAACCAGGUCUGUGACUUCCUGGAAGAAAAUGCAAUUGCUGCAAAUUCUGCAGACACUAGUGACUGCAAUCCUUGGGUUAUCGCAUCUUGGUUACGUGAUUAUCUUCUUUUGCCUAGAGAAAGAAGAGAUCCUCAGUUAUGGAGUAAGGUUGAGGAGUUAAUACAAGAGGAUUCACGUAUAGACCGAUACCAGAAACUCGUCAAGGGUGAACAGAAAGUUGUAUUGGAAUGGCAAGUUGAAGGUUCACUUAGUUUAUCCAAGUUGAAGAAACGGCGAGAGACUCAGAAGAAAUUUAUAAAAGUUGAAGAAACGGUGAGAGACUCAGAAGAAAGUUAUAAAAGUUACCGACUCAAACACAAUCUUGCAAAAAAUAUAAAACAGGAGAAUCACUGAGACAAGUUCUUAAUACACUUACAAAAGAACUAUAUAGAAGCUUGUUAUGAUUCUUCACGUAAUGUUAGAAGAAGAUCCAAGGAGGAAUGAAGCAUUGUCGAGUUUCCAUGUUUUGUUUUUUAUAUCUAUGAUGGUGCUGCUUGAAUAUUAAGUUAAGAGUUGUUGAAAGUUACUUGAUGAGCUCUUAUUUGGAUGCAGAAGAGAAAACGUAAUUAGAAUAUGUAUCCUUUUGUCAAUCGUUUAGUACGAUUCAAUUCCGGUU